AUGUCUAGGCAUAUUAAGUCAACAAGAGCUGACCAGUGUUAGUAUCGUUUAUAAAUCAGCUAAAUACCAAGGUUGUGCAGUGCUAAAUGGCAUUUGUGCCGAUUGUUUUUAACUGGUUGCUCAUUUGUGUCAGGAACACUGCCACUGAUGUUACCGUCAAAGCAUAAUUAUGCAAAGAAUAUCUGCUUAUUAUGUCGCAUUUAUGCUACUCUAUGUAUAUGGUCUGUUUCGUGGUUUCCUCAUGAUCAUAGAUUGACCGCUGUAAAGUCAAGGGCAAAGCAUGUGAAAUUUUUACUUUUACAGAAUCGUUCAUCCAGCUCCAAACAUAGAUCCAGUUUGAAAUAUUUAUUUUAAAGCUGACAAUUUAGUGUCUAUCCUGCAUAAUUUACAAGUUGUAGUAUUUAAAAUGAAUUUCAGGUCAUAGUGAUUCCAUCCUAGCAUGUGUAGUGUUUCCCUUUGUUCCACAUACGUUAUCAUAAUCCUCAAUAACAGAAAAACGCGAUUAUUUUAAUUUGAAUCGAGAUUAUAUUAAACUACAGCAUCCAGUCUCAGGGAGGAAAAUUUAGAUUAUUAUUUUAUAUACAGUGUGUUGGAUGUUUGUGGUGUUGCACUACACUUGAUCAUCCUGUUCAGCAGGUAAUAGCUGUUGAGCAAAUUGCAAAAAUGAGCCUGCGUGCCUUCCUCAUCAUGCUGUUAACCUUUGGAAAAAUAAUGGUGCAAGCAGAAAUUUGAGUUUAAAUAUGAGGAAUGUUUGUGUUAGGCACCUUCCACAAAGAAACCUUGAAUAUUUGUUAUGUUGCCACUUCUGCUCUGGUAGUUAUGUUUAACCUCUGUCCACAGUCAAUGCCAAGGUCCAUGGCCUGAAAGAAAUAUUCAACAGAUUGGACAGAAGAACAUAUCCAUUACCCACAGGAAAUGAUGUUGCCAACGUCCUUAAAUGGUUUCAGCAAACUUUGCAAAGGUAUCACCACGUUGUAUUAUCGUUUAAAAAUUGUCAUAAUCAAGGAAAUGCUAGAUUGGGAAUAUACGACUUAAAUUUAUUUUAGUAACAGAAAGACAAUGUAAAUAUUUCAACUGUUUGUCUUCAGUUUGGUGAAAGAGACCCGCCCUAUAUUGACAGAAGAUAAGCGUUCAUUUGAUCGUCAUCAAUACCCCAGUAUGGACUAUACAGGACUUUACAAAGCUCUGGAAAAAAUUGUGAACGUUGUUCCAGUGGUAGAGAUUGGAGUUGAAGGUACGUGUUUAGACAAAGUGGAUAAUUUGUGUUUUAGCCAAAAAAGUGUGAGGUAUAUAUGAUCCUAAUCUUUCAGUUUGUCUGAUCAUUUUAAAAGGUAAUCUAUACAGUAAGUUCUCACAGAAAAAAAAUGAUGAAUCCAAAAGAAAGUAAUUGGUUAAUCCCCUUAGUUUUCAUUUGAAAAUCUUGGCCUAGUUUAUUCGAGCCAUUCGAUGAUUAGAAAUGAACUUUUGGUGUGACUGUGCAUUAGGGAGCAGUCCUGAAAAAACUGUUGUGGACAACAGUAAGUAACAAUGGGACAACCUGACCCAAAGUCACCAUCAGAUUCAAGUUAGGAGUUUUGUAAUAGUCAAGUGUUAUAAGUCUGGUGAGAAAAAUCUGAUUGGUCAGUCAUUAUUUGAUUUUAUUGGCUGUAAGACUCAAGAGGUUAGUCAUACAGCCAAUAACCUCAUUGACUGAUUAGUUUUUGCAAACUAGGCUCACCAGAUGUUACUCACUACCAUUGAUGGUGGUCCAAUUUAAGAUUACUCUGUCAAUCCGACCACUUAACCAACUGUUAGUCAGGGGUUAAAACCAUUUAGUAAUACUCUCAUUAGUAGCUCAAUGGUUUUCUUUUCCUCCUUCAUCAGCUUUUGCUGACAGCGUGUUGUCCAUCAUGGCAUCGUUGGUUCCUUUCUUAAAGAAGGAAGACCUCAAUGCAAUGCCGAUGGGUUUAGCAAUGACACUUUCCAUCUGGCCUCCACAAACUCACAACCACAUCAUCAAACUACUGGCUGGUUACAUUCUUCCCAUUCUGUUGGGUAAUUUUGUCUUCAGAUGUUUACCAAUAGUUAUGAUAAUGGCAAUCAGAUGUUUUUGGUUGAUUAUCACUAGAAUUAGAAUUUCUACAGCAUAAGAAUCUUGAUGGUCCUAAAAGUUAAAAAUUAAAAUCCACAUUUUUUCUAACUACCAAUACUUGUAGGUAUUACUAUUUUGGCUUUGGUACUGUUAGUUAAUUAUUUUUCAAAGGUUUUCAUGUUAUUUGGACUCUUUAUAUUAGGUCCACAAAGCCAACACAACCAUGUUUCCUAAAUUCACUAAAAGAUAAAGUUUACUUUUAAUCCAUGUUGCUAGAAACUAAGAAUUAUAUUUUUUGUUCUCUCUGACAGUUUUUUUUAGUAGUGUGUCACAAAUGAAACAAUAUUUUAAUUCAUAAAAUGUGUUCACACAACAUUACACAAUCUCCAACUCCAAAUGCUUGUUGCACAAUUAAAAAAAAUCACUGUACAAAAUUUGUGUUUAAAUAAAAUUUUCAGUAUUCUUUCUUUCUUUCUUUUUCUUUUUUUUUUUCCAAAGAUGUCUUAGAGCCAGAUGAAGAUGGACUUUGUUAUGCAUCCCUCAGCUGCCCUGCCCUUAUCAUGUCAAUCUUACAGUACUGUCCUGACUGUAAACAGCAUGCACAAUUUGUUGAAACACUGAUGAGAUUUAAGAGUGAUGUCUGUUUGGAUAUCCUAGCUGUGCUGGCCUAUGGUCCUCAGCCAAUCAUUAACUCUGCUGGACAGGUCCUACUUUACUAUUAUCCACUUAAGGAUGUUGGUAAGGCUUAUGGCAAUGAUUGGACUGAACUUUCUCAGGUUUUGAUCCCUCAGAAUUUUGAGGGAAAGUUGUUCGUAGUGUCAUUGAGACUGGAGAUCUGCUAACUUAACUUCAUGGUACAAUUGUGCACUAAACCUUUCUUUUGAAGGUAAUACAAUCAAAUGAAAAUGUUCAGAGGUUUACAAAACUUUGGAAAAUUGUUGAUCUCAGUGGUAAGAGGACAGUGAGCCAAUUUGUGCAUCAGCAAUAAAGGAAAAAGUUGUUUGAGUGCUGCUGAAACUCUUGAAAUCGGCAUCUUGAUUUAAAAAAUUCUAUAUUUCAGAAUAAAUGUUAGGAACUUUGAUAAAAAGCAAUAAUGGUAUAGGUAUUGAAUUAUUACAGUCACUGACAAUGAAAAAUCAAUCAUUCGUAUUUUCUUUUUGGGUCAAUCUGGUUUGAGUGGCUUUCUGCUCAACUGCUGUCAGUUCGGAAGGUGUUUUUUCAGAAAAUAUCCCACCCUAUAUGUGAGUUAAAGGUAAUAUCAGGUCGUUGAUAACCAGACAAAACUAGAAAAACUGGAAAUUCCAAAAGGACUGGCGAUCAAACCAAAGGUGAAAGGGAUCAUGAUGAAAAGUGUAGAAAAUGGGAAUGGAACAUUGUGCUAGCAUUCCUUGUUGUUUGAGAUCUGAACUAGUUUUCUAUCUUGAGCAUAGUUGUCAAUCGCAUAACUUUGCCAAUGAUGUCCUUCCUAGGAGGAGCUGAUGACUGGCAGUUUGUCUACGAACCCUGGCAACCACCAAAUUGUCAAAACCAGGAGUGCGCGGUACCUCGAAAAAAUACACCAACCACUAUUUGCUUGGAUGCCUCGUUUGCCUCAUCACAGUGCGGCUGUUCUCCUCCAGUAUUUAUCUGCCAGAAAUGUGCCGAGGUGGCUGCUCGUGACAUCCCUGAAGAUAAGCUUUUGGUAAAGAUUAUCCAGCCAAUGGGAAAGAUGCGUACAACUUGUGAAACAAAGGAGUGCAAAGGGCAAGGAAAGCCGUGCAGUGUUAUGUGUUUUUCUUACGGCUGCGUCAAAGAUAACAGGUAGAUCUUAGAGGUUUUUCCCUCCUUCAAGGAUUUCAACCAUGAUUUUAAAAAGGGGGAAAAAUGGCAACUUUGAGCAAGUUUUUAACAGCAAUGUUCGUUAGGCAUUUUAUCAUCUGAACUAUACUGACUCGUUCACAUUUUAUCAUCUGAACUAUACUGACUCGUUCGCAUUUUAUCAUCUGAACUAUACUGACUCGUUCACAUUUUAUCAUCUGAACUAUACUGACUUGUUCACAUUUUAUCAUCUGAACUAUACUGACUCGUUCGCAUUUUAUCAUCUGAACUAUACUGACUUGUUCAUUUUAUCAUUUUAUUGUUCAUUUUAACUCUGAACUACUGACUUGUUCACAUUUUAUCAUCUGAACUAUACUGACUCGUUCACAUUUUAUCAUCUGAACUAUACUGACUUGUUCACAUUUUAUCAUCUGAACUAUACUGACUCGUUCGCAUUUUAUCAUCUGAACUAUACUGACUCGUUCGCAUUUUAUCAUCUGAACUAUACUGACUCGUUCACAUUUUAUCAUCUGAACUAUAUGACUUGUUUCAUUUUAUCAUUUUAUCAUGUUGAUUUUAUCAUCUGAACUUUUCACAUUUUAUCAUCUGAACUAUACUGACUUGUUCACAUUUUAUCAUCUGAACUAUACUGACUCGUUCGCAUUUUAUCAUCUGAACUAUACUGACUCGUUCGCAUUUUAUCAUCUGAACUAUACUGACUCGUUCACAUUUUAUCAUCUGAACUAUACUGACUCGUUCGCAUUUUAUCAUCUGAACUAUACUGACUCGUUCGCAUUUUAUCAUCUGAACUAUACUGACUCGUUCGCAUUUUAUCGUCUGAACUAUACUGACUCGUUCGCAUUUUAUCAUCUGAACUAUACUAACUCGUUCACAUUUUAUCAUCUGAACUAUACUGACUUGUUCACAUUUUAUCAUCUGAACUAUACUGACUUGUUCACAUUUUAUCAUCUGAACUAUACUGACUUGUUCACAUUUUAUCAUCUGAACUAUACUGACUUGUUCACAUUUUAUCAUCUGAACUAUACUGACUUGUUCACAUUUUAUCAUCUGAACUAUACUGACUUGUUCACAUUUUAUCAUCUGAACUAUACUGACUUGUUCACAUUUUAUCAUCUGAACUAUACUGACUUGUUCACAUUUUAUCAUCUGAACUAUACUGACUUGUUCACAUUUUAUCAUCUGAACUAUACUGACUCGUUCGCAUUUUAUCAUUUGAACUAUACUGACUUGUUCACAUUUUAUCAUCUGAACUAUACUGACUUGUUCACAUUUUAUCAUCUGAACUAUACUGACUUGUUCACAUUUUAUCAUCUGAACUAUACUGACUCGUUCACAUUUUAUCAUCUGAACUAUACUGACUCGUUCACAUUUUAUCAUCUGAACUAUACUGACUCGUUCGCAUUUUAUCAUCUGAACUAUACUGACUCGUUCGCAUUUUAUCAUCUGAACUAUACUGACUCGUUCGCAUUUUAUCAUUUGAACUAUACUGACUCGUUCGCAUUUUAUCAUCUGAACUAUACUGACUCGUUCGCAUUUUAUCAUUUGAACUAUACUGACUCGUUCGCAUUUUAUCAUCUGAACUAUACUGACUCGUUCACAUUUUAUCAUCUGAACUAUACUGACUCGUUCGCAUUUUAUCAUCUGAACUAUACUGACUCGUUCGCAUUUUAUCAUCUGAACUAUACUGACUCGUUCGCAUUUUAUCAUCUGAACUAUACUAACUCGUUCGCAUAAUCUAAAAGAAAACCACGAUGAAAGCUGACAUGUGUAGAGCUGGAUGGGUUGACAAGAGCCGGUCUGGAAAAAGCUGCCAGGCACGCAAUCACACGGCUCUGUAUCAUUUUCUCAGAAUGGGAACUAUAACUGUGAACUUAAACUUUAAAUGAAGCAGAAAUGGGAUUUUAAGUCUCGUUUUACAACAAAUAUUUGUCAGAGUUUCUUGUCACUGUGACUCAAAGAAAGAAAGGAACACUUUUCUUUGUAGAAUCAUUUUCAGAGUUGUCCAGUGCGUGCUUUUCUUGUGUAUACUUAUGUAAUAACGUCUUGUUAAAGUUCAAACAUAAUUUCAAAAUGUUGAAGACUUAAAGGUCAUACGAUAAAACACUUAUAGACUUACUUUGGUCAAACCUGACGGAAAAAUAUUGGGCUCUCAUUAUAGAUGUACUGACCUCACUGCACUCGGUGCGUUCGACAUGACCACGAGCCAAAUGUUCUCGUGUUCGGCCCUCCCACUCACUCAGUGGAUACAUAAGAUAUCAUAAAAUUCUCCAGAUACUAUGCAGAAUUUUGGUGGCCUGUGCUACUUUUUAUUCAGAUUUGGAGAAGGUGUUUUUUGUUAUUUUACAUAUUUACCAAAGCCUAGAUGACGUUGAGUAGCCUCUCAACACUGAUUUUGUAACCUCUGACUGAGAUUGCUGUUUGUUUGUUUUUUUUUUCAUCGAUAGAUGUAUUAUGAAAAAGUGGUGUGACAUUCUGAUUGUUUUCAUUAUUGCUUGCAGAUUAAGACCUUUGACAAUGUGUCAGGAGUGCCACGCCCGUUAUCACAGCAAUGGUGAGGGGUAUCACCAUGUGACACAGAAUCUUUUCCCAGAUCCUUGGACUCUACAAGGCCCAGACCAAGCCUAUCCCUCUGAGGCAGUCAUUCGCCUGUUGGGAGAAGCACAGCCUUGUCAGAAAACAAGGAAUGAGGCCAUGGGGUACGUGAAACAUUGUAACAAUUAAAUAAGAUUUCAGCACAAGAGAGAACUGAUGGUUGGACAAGGGUGGUCGUUGUUUGUUGGUUUCAAAGUGCAAUUACAGUGUUAUACUUACCUGCUAGGCUUCACCCCGUUCAAUGAUUAAAUAGAAAAUGUUUUCGUGUUCAUUCCAAACCACAAAUCAAGUUACACCAAUGGUCUGUACCGUGAUACACUUAGACGCUGAGCUUUACUGAGCAUUUUUCAAUCUUAAGUAUUUUUCUUGUGUGUGUGUUUUGAUAAAGUAUCUGAUUAUGGGGCCUUUGAAAUCGUUCUUUGCUGGAUUGAAUCUGGAGGAAGAAAACAACAAUACACUCGUGUUUUUACAAGAAAUUUGAAAUUUCUUUUUUCCCAGACUAGUAAGGAGUAAACUCGAGGAGGAGGAAAUUGAAGACGAUGUAGACAAUGAUAUAAACAACCGGCGUAUGCUGAGUAGAUUGGGUGUGUGGCUUCUGGUCGGAGUAUGCAGUGAACCGGCCAGGUGUGAAUCUGUGGAAAGACUGGGCCGACUGGUUUCCAUGGUGCUGUCAUGGAUAGAGACAGCCUCAACUUUAAGACGAGAUUACGUCGGCGAAUUGUUGAAAAGGCUUACUAGUCAGUAUGUCUGUCGAUGGCUCACUCAAGUUCGAGAUAACAAGUUCGAUCUGUUGUGCGCAUGCCUGUCCCCUGAUCCUCCUGGAUAUGUGAAGGUUGGAGGAUGCUGGGAUACAAUGUCCAGUAAGGAACGACAGCACAUGGAGGGACUUCAUCGCCUGUGCUGUGCGAUACCCCACAAUAUUGUAACCCGCGAGGUGCGUAGUAAGCAGCGACUCUUAUUGCCUGUGGUUCUUUAUCAGCCUUAGCCCGUCGCUGCUUUCAGAAGGGCGUUGUACCAUACUUGAAAUGUUUUGUUAUCGUUGUUGUCCUCAGGUUUGGGAUGUUAUUAUGCCUCAGUGGAUGGAAGCGAUCAAGGCAGAUGUUCAGCCCGAAGAAUUGGCAAGGUUUAAAGUGUUGUUAACGUGAGUUUACCCAACAAGCUGGGCCUGGGACUUUGUCCAUAAUGGGGAAAACAAAAUUGAUAGCAAGUACAAAGCAGUCAUUUUUCAUCAUUGUCUACAAGGAAAGCCUCGGUCUCGAAUUUGUGUUUUAAUCUGACCUUGUAGUCUGAUCGUCCGGGUGAAUGUACUCCUGAGGAGGAUUGUUUUCGGCAGAACUGACUGACUUUUCGAAAACCUGAGUGGCAUUCAGAACAAACUUCCUAUCAAAUGGAAAUCUCGGGUUCGAACCAUGUACUGUAUUAUGGUUUAAUCAGUACAUUACAUGAGGUUAUUACACUAAAUAAAGGAGAAAAGUUUAUAAUAUACGUUUUACCAUCAAAGGUAUCAAGAAAACACGUACCUGCCGAAGUAGACCAAAGUCUCUUUGGGAAGAAAAAUGGCUUGAUUCAGUUAGUAACACGGUUGUAGCUUUUAUUUGUUCCCAUUUUCAGUUUAUCGCUUCUAUUUUAAUGUUUUCCUCCUCAGGAAAAUCUUCGACCCUUUGCUGACACCGCAUGAGUUGACGCCGGAAACUACUCUGGGUUUCAUAAAGAAAGCUCUUGAGUCUGCUGUACCUCGCCAUCAGGUUGAGGCACUCUCAUGGCUGCAGGUAAAUAAAUUUUAAUUUUUUUGUUUCAAUUAAUUAAAUUCACUGAGGGCACAACAUUAUGAUAAGAGGCGGAAAAUUGCUGUAAGGUUGAUCUGGAAAAUAGUCAUGACCUCAUUUAAGAAUAAAAAUAUAAAACUUUCCAGACUUAAAGUCCUUCGACUGCGUUUUUAUUCAACACCUGAGACAAUAGUCGGUCGAGUUGCUAAAACGUCGAUCAACAAAACCAGCGCAUUAAAACCAUUUCACUCCAGCGAAUGACUCAAAAGGAAAUUUCUCAUAAAAACAUCAAAAUACAUUUUGAAGCAGUAAGAUAACGAGAGGGAAAAAAAUAAUCGACGAAGGGGUAGUGUUUUAUUUUGAAUUGAAUUAUCAGAGCUAAAAUUAUAAGACUAUGACAGACGUCUAUGACAGACGGUGCAGAGAAUAGAUACUUAGUUCUCUGGAGUGAAACUGACUGCUAUUGUAUGGUAUUGUUAUAAGGUGUUUAUUAUUUGCUUUCACAGAUUCUGUCUCAAUUGGAUAUAAUCAUUCCACUGGACAUGCUGCUCAGUAUCUUUAUCAAGGUUGUUCAAAACUCAUCAGAAUUCUCUGAAGGAGUAACCACCAUGUUUCCUUUUCCGACUUUCACCGUGCAGUCACCGAUGACUCCAACCGCCGAGGGCUCGCUUAUUUCAACACCGGUCAGUGGUGUGUUGUCAGAACUAGGCGAGCUAAGUUCAAACUUGUCCUGUUUCAUCAUGGAACUAGAUUUACUGGUUAAACAGGUAUGUUAAGCAAAGGUUUGAAACGAUGCUCGGUGCCAGUAGUAGAUGUGCGACUUAAGUACAUUGCGAGCUGUAGAGAGUCUACAGAAAUUGGCCCCGGAAAAGUUUGCCUCAGAUUCGCGUGUUGUAUCUGACAAGAAUCAUGGUUCGCACUUUUUUUAGAAAGUGUGUGGCACAAACGAACUUGAUGAAAAUUCGUUGACGUUUUUCAUUAGACCGUCCAAAAGAUUCUGCAUUUAUUACUUUGCAUGAGAGGCGAACUCAUGAAUAAAGGUAGCACGAAUUAUUGUUGUAUUUGUUUCACAGGUCAACAUUCAAUUUAUUCGCGACAAACAUGUCCCUAACAGCACCGAAAGAGAACACAUAAGAAAGCUUUUGGAGUGCAUGCUGGACAUGUCGUGGGCUGGUAGCCAUGGCGACCACUCAACUGUGUGUGACAUGUGUAACAUGACUGACAUAUGGUUCAAGCUUGCGCACAUGUUGCUGCAGACUGUGUUCCCUGAAGGAGUCGCGUUACCUGAAGAGGACGUGCCAAGUCACGUGGCAUAUGGUGGACUGUUUAGAUCUAGUGCGUCCAGUAAUAAAGGAAUAUCCAAUAGGAGUCUGAGUAAGUCCAAAGAGUGCUUCUUAUAUAUUGGAGCAAUUUUCAAUUCAGUGUCGUAAGUAAUUCAGAAUUUCUUUGUUUCUUUUGUUUGCGUAAUUUGCUCUGUAAUUGUUUACGGAAAUAUUCGUGCCACUCUCUCUCAACCAAUCCGUGUACAGAACUAAAACCUGUUACGACUUGGUCGUUACCAUUCUCCCGCGCCUCAGGCAGUCUGCUGGUUUUUACUUUGAGUUCUUAUUGACUGUUAGGGUUAUUUUUCCUGUCUUGUGAUUGGCCGUUGUGAUAACUUUGGUUUUGGUUUCACGAAACUCAAUCGAAUAGCACCAUUAACAUCGAGAGAAAACCUGGUUUAUACUGGUUUUUGCUAUGAUUUGUUGCUCCCUCUUCUUACCCAAUCAGGUGCAAGACUAAAACCAGUCUCAAUACUCGGUCGUCCACUUGUCCGCGCUUAGGACCUUACUCUAUUUAUUUUGGUUUCUGAUCGAAUCCUUCACACCCUAACAUCAGUAUGCAUAUUCUCCAUACUGUUCUCUAUACAUUUCCUAAGGUUCUGACAAGGAGAAUUUGUUUAACAAUCAAGAGCUUCUUUAGUUGGUGAUCAUUUUCAUUUAUUCUCGUGACCUUAAUGUUUGAUUCGGGGAUGAUAUUGUAAGGAGAAAUUAGAUGCUGGUCUCUCUUACAGGUUUAAGGGUUAAUCCUUACAAUACUUUAAGUUUACUCUUGCUGUUUGUUCCGGUGCGAUUAUUUUGGUUCUCGUUUAACAACACUCCUAAUUUGACAUGCGCAAAUUUACUCAUUGUAAUUUUACUUGAAGAGUGUUUUAAAGUUUUAAUGUUUGAGCUCUCUUUGUUAUUAUUAAAAACUCGUCGUUCAUUUCCAGCAUCAAACAAAAGUCAAGUGGAAACAAUCGAAGAGGAAGUGUUUACUGAAACUAAGCGAGACGUUUCUGACGUCACAGACAGUUGCCAAGGUGACAAUGAUCCUGAGCCCGCAAGUGUUCUCAGUGAGGCUGACUCGCCAUCAGAGUUGAACGAAAACGUCAUCUCCUUUGCGGCCAUGCGCAGUAUGUCGGCUGGCAUUGGCUCGUGGAGAAGUGCAACAAGUACCAGCAACUGGGGCAUGGUCUGCGAGACUUUUCCUCAACUGAAUUUGUUGCUAGGUUUUCUUAAGGUAAACGUCCAUUUGCAGCACUUAUCUCAAUUUACCUAGUAUGUUUUUAACGGCAUUUUCGGAAAUCUCUACGGCGAUCUAUGUAGUAUUUCUUUGUUGAAUUUUUGCACUCAAAUAAGCAGGGUAGGAGGCUUGGCGCAGAGGUAAGAGUGAAUGUCUUCCACUAUUGUGCCCCAACUUCGAUUCUCUGAUAUGGCAUGAGACAUAGAUCGAAUUUUCGUCGUCGGUCGCCGUCGUUUCCCCGUGGGUGUAUAUUCUUUUACUUCAAUUUUCUGCCCCCCAUGGAAACCGUAACCGCUAAAUACCAAUUGACCUUGUAGAUGUGAGACUUUUAAAAUCCAAUACAUCUUUAUGGUCUUUUUAAAAUAAGUGACAGCUAUUAGAGAUCAACUUCGUUCGCCGCAUUUUCUCUUAGGUAUGAGGUUUUUUAGGCUCCCCAAGCGUGAUGUGGCCAAGUAUUUCGCCAUUCUCUGUUUUUCCUCGCUUUUCAGUAAAAGUUCUCGAUACUCGCCGUUUUCUAACCUCUUCUCUCUGGUUUUCCAUUUCUGAUAAAGCCCCGUGUGACCUAACAUGGCUUCUUAAGGGGAGUUAAUUAAGCAAUGUUAAUUAGGCCUAAUGAGGCUAAACCAAGUGGGUGCACUUUUGUAACUUGUUUCUGUGUCCCUCCUAUAGGAGCUCCCCCGCCAAGAAGACCAUAAUGUCCAGCUAAGUAUUUUGAGGUGCCUUAAAGUGUUGGUGCUGCGCGGUGAUUACUUGCGGAUCGCCAUGGAUGCCGAUUCAGAAUUCCUGGCUUAUUUACAAGAGAUAUUCUUUAUUCCAAAGUAAGACACUAGCGUGAGAGUGAUUCUAUAUACCAUGAGUAUUAUUUAAGAGUUGGGCUACGAUCUUGUUUGAUCACGACAUGAAAUCACACUUGUUGGAGACGUCCUAAAUAUCGAUAAUCGUUCCUCGUAUUCUUCAUUUUGGACUGUUUCUUACAUUUUUCAGAGUUUAUUGUGUGUAAACUGAACAUAUCAACCCUUUACACCCGAACAUCAGUAUGCGUAUUCUCCAUACUGUUUUGUAUACAUUCCCCAAGGGGCUGAUAAAGAGAAAUUGUUCUUUAUUUUAGUUCUUUGUUCUUAAGAUCUUUAGCUUCUUUCGUUGGUGAUCAUUUCCUUUAUUCUUUUUACCUGAAAAUUUGAUUCAGGGGUGAUUUUGGUGGGAGAAAUUAGAUGCUGGUAACUCUUAGAUGUUAAAGGGUUGAUAAAACUGAGUUAACUUUGGGUGAAACAGGUUUAAUUUGAAUAGAUUAUUUCAAUUCUUCUCGUAGGGCAAAAUAGGAAAGACAGUAAAGUAAAUCGUUUGAACCCAGGAGUAUCAGUAGUUCGUAUAGUGUGAUCUAUCUUGACUCUGAAGAUGACUUCCGCACAGGUUGUCGAAACGUCAGUCACCAACAACAGUUCUUUUCAGAACUACACUCACCCGGACGAUCACACUAUACGAGCUAUAGGAAAGACAAUUGGGAAGUGAUUACUUCGUGAGACAAACGAAUUGACAAUUCGUUACUUGUGUUUAUCACAAUGAAUUUCUGCCAAUUUUUUUACGAUAUAUACUCAAAUAUAUACACUGCAUGAUCCAAUGCUUGGCACAAUUAUCCCUUUGCUCUUGAUUACAAUAGCGUGAAUAUCCGUUCGUUUUAGUUUUCCCCUUGCCCGUUAACUUUUCUGUAUGGGUAUCUGCGACUACGUUUGAUUUCAUCUCACAUUUCUUUGUCAGCAUAUGGGAGCUUCUACAAGCCGAACACUCAGAGAUGUCUCAGCUGUGUGUACAGAUUCUCCUUCACUGUAUCUGCCUUCCAUUUGGAGCUGAAAAACUCUGUGAUCAGGUCGAGAGCGCUUUCUCCGAUGAUGAUUGGCGAGAACGGUCUUCUGCCGUGGAAAAAGUGGCCAUUAUCGCGCGUUUCCUCGAAAAAGAACACAUCAAGUCAAACAACAUAACCAUGUCAGCCUUGGCGCAUUGUUUUACGUAUUUAGUCGGUGCAGUUGAGGACAUUUGCACGCCAGUGCAUCUAAGGGCCGUCUACAUGUUAGGCACCAUAAGAGCCUGCUCAUUAAAAGUCCUCUACAAGUGCAUUGAGCACCAAUAUGAUGCCGUGCCUCGGGACCGUCUUCUGUUAAUCCACACUUGUCGGAUAUUACACCGAAUACUUCCCCUCCAUACUCCCCUGUGUGGAAAAUUCUUUAUCAGUCGUUUCAAGCAUUUACUGAUAGAAAACGCAGAUUUUGUUUCCUUGGGGAGUCCCAGGGGGCGUAACGCAUCUGGUACAACGACAAUGUCACCGAGUCCCAGCAGUGAAGUGUCCGUCGAUGGAGGGAAUGAUUCGUCAAGAAAAAUCGGUUUGUUACUGGCUUGUUUUUGAUAAGGUUAAUGAAAUGUUCUUCCAGCUUUCUUACCAAUGUCUCAUACCUCUGCAUCCUUUUAAAGAAUUUGAAAAGUGAAAAGUCUAUUCGUGGACCAAAACAUAUUUUCCUUUGGAAGGAUAAUUUGCGUCAAACUAUUCAUUGAACAAGUCGUCGAUUAUUUUGUUUAAAGGUCGGUUUACAAUUUUAUUUUGUGUUUAAUCGCGUAGAUAUCUACUAAGGAAGAAGGGAACAGGCAAAACAUACGCGGGCUAUGGAAGAUUUUUUUAUUUGGAACUAGCGUUUCGUUUCCUCUGGAGUUGUUUCCUAAAUAGAGGUGUCUAAGUAUCGCCGGCAGUUCUGUUAUGAAGACUACAUGAUAUGCUGAGAAGUACCUGAAAGGGAUAACCCAGGAUAAAGCUUUGUUACGUUUCAUGCUUAAUAAGUAAGCGGUGUAAUAUAUGUGAACAGGCGUAAGGUCGGACAGGCAUUCAGGAAACUAUGUUUGGUAAGAAACUCAAACUUAGUUCCUUUUGAUUUCUUCUCUCCAGCUACUGUUCUGCGUUCUCAACCCAGUACCAGAUCCCUGAUGGCUCGCAGCGGCUUGGGUCAACUUCGACGAACCUCUUCGUCGUUUCGUUGUAGCUACACGUUUCGUUUUCCAGGCGAGAGAAUCUCAUAUAACAGAAAGGUGUCAACGGGUACAGAAGGUAAUAUCAUAAUUUCUGAAGAGAUUCAGCAUUCAACUUCCUUUUCUGGAUAAAACGUGAACUCUUUUGUGUGUUGCCUGCUAAAAGGUACAAGCCUUGAACUAUUAUUUUCUGUCUCUCAGCCAUUUUUGUGACAGUGUGGAUUAAUUAAUUUUUCCAUUUGCUAUUCAUAGAAGUGUGCAGUACUUUUGUCACCUAUAAACCGAGUAUCUGGCUUGAUUUGCCAGCAAUCUCUCUUCAGCUCAGUUGGUAGCGUAUCGCAAGAGUUUAUUCUGAGAUACGAAUCGUAAAAUUGUUAGGUAAGAAGUCCUCAAGUGGCGGCCGACAGCGGCGGACAGGUGGCUUUGUGAAUCAGUCAGGAUCCAUCGAUAUCUCAGACCGUAUGUUCCUUGGAGGUCGCAUCCAGUCCAACCUCCCUACUGUUCAGGAGGAGGAUAACGAGAUCUCGCGUCAGUCGGUAUCCUCCACUGACUCCUCCUUCAGUCAACUGCUGGGUGUAGGUCAGGAGAGUAGCAGCAUGGAGGCUGAAGCCACCCAUCAGCUGGUCACGCUGGUCAUGGACUUCCUGAGCUACCCUGGAGCCAACAAGGGAAGGGAGCGGUCAGAGUUUGUUAAGACAGAAAGUUAUGAGGUCGUUCAGAUGAGUCAUUACUUGGGUGUACUAAUGGGAUAUGAUAUCAAGGUUGGAGAAUUCACCGGCAAUCCGCGAAGAUUAAGGUACAGAUGUCACGACUUAAAUUUUUAUUCAUUUUCUGUACAAUUUUUUUGUAUCACAUCACAUCGAUUGUUUCAUGAUGUAGUUACAUUCGUCGUAGGUCUCGUGUUUCGUGUACCGCGACAACAAAAAUUUUCAUGAAUAUAAGAGAUCCUCGCAGUCAUAAACACUACUGAACUAGUGGUUGAAAUAAGACCUGAAAAAAAAUUCAGGCCCGUACGGGAUUUGAACCCAUGACCUCUUCGAUACCGGUGCAGCGCUCCACCAACUUAGCUAACAAGCCAACUGGGAGCUGGUCAUUAAGUUGGGUCCAAAUAAACCAUCCAAGUGAUGAAUAAUGACUGUAGAUAUAUGAAAAUCAUAUAUGUGCACUGCGGUGAAGAAACGAAUAUAAGAGAUCCUCGCAGCUAUAAACACUACUGAACUAGUAGUUGACUUUUCGAAAGAAAUCCAUUAUUACAAAAAUGCCUGCCCUUUGAAGGCUAAGUUGGAGCGGUGAUAGGACUUCUUUUUACGAGGAUCUAGCUCAAAAACUACCAUUCUAUCUAGAUCAUCACGUAGCAACCUUUCUAUGAAGCGCUUAUUAACCUUUUUCUUACAGGUUGUUCCCAGUCUUUCACGCCUACAUGGCAGGGAUUGUGCAAGUUUUGGAUCAAAAUCAAGAAUGGGGCAGUGAACUUCUCAACCUCACUCUGCAACUUUUAUUGUUUUGCGCGGCUCCUAAGCCACAGAAACGAACACAUGUCCCAGAGUUUUCACUUGUGAGAGUACCACAGGACAUGCGUCAGACAUGGCUCAUGGCUUGUCUUAUAAUAUUGUACAAGGUAAACUAAAAAAGACUUGAAGAUAUGUUUGUGUUGCAGAGCCUCGCCUCGCUAUAUUCCUUGGUACAAAUGGUUACCAGGGAACCCUCAGGGAACAGAUGAAAUGGGAGGACGGGGGGGGGAGGGGGUAGGGGUAGGGUUAUCGCCGAAUGAGUAGCUAUGCUUCUAGUUGCCUCCUGCAAUGGAAACAGGGACAGUAAUGAGCCAUAAGGGCCGUAGGAGAUAACCGUUACGUACUUAAAAAAUAACAUAACACUACAUGCCAUGGCUGACUCGUCGUUGAUCUGUUUCUGUUGUUCUUUUCUUUCCAGUAUCCCUUCCACGCAGACUCCCAUAAACGAGACACAAAGAAUCUCAUUCAGGUAGUGAUAAACACAUUGGAGGCCCAGGAUCACGUUUGUAAGGGACCCAGAGAAGGUUUUCCAAAACGGGCCAGUGUGGCGUCCUUAUUUGGGGAGUCGUUUUCUGUGGGGCCAGGAGAUGCCUCCAUUCGAUCAGGUAACAAAACUUGGCUCAAAAUAAAGUUUUCCCGUAUGGAAUCCAUAUUUCUCUAUUGAUGUAAACUUAACUGUAAAUGUCAAACGCGAUUAUUCUGCCCUUCAAAAUUUUUAGUUUAGGUCAGAGAGCCAUCGAGAAUGCAUUGUAGGCAUGCAGCGCGUAUUAAAAGAAGCACUUUUUUUGGAAAGCAUUAAAAAUAUUAACUCCCUCUUUCUUUCUUCCCUCCCUCCUUCUUUACUUCCCCCCCCUCUCUACCUCUUCUCUUCCACCCCCCUCCCUCCCACCUUUCUUCCUUCUUCCUCCUUGUCGUAACGUGACAUUAAAGUCUUGGAAUGUUGUGAGGUGGGUUAAGGUAACUAUUAAUUUCAAUUUUUCAACCUAGCGAUCUUACCAAUUUAUUAGAUUUAUCAUUAUAGUUCUUAAACUUACUUCGCUUUCUCUUCGGUUCAGACCCUCCAGGAAGCCCGCUCCGUCGUCAUCACACUGAAAAACAAAUGUCAUUACCCGUCUCCGUGACCAGUAACAAAUCACGUGACGACGAGGACAAAGACAAGCGGCAUGCAGAAAGACAGAUCUCCUCACCCUCGGCUUACAACACCGGAAAGUUUCCGGAGAAAAACGAAGAUGAAAAAGAUAAGGACGAGAAACUUUCAGAGACGAACGAUGAUCUCCGACGGUUGCCCGAGACUCCCCUUGUUGAGUUUGGUGGCGUUAGUUCUUCAGAGCGACUUUUGUCUUCCAGCUCCUCGACCCAGGACAUGUCGGCCUUUACCUUAGGCGCGCGCCGAUCAGUCCCGGCUUCUAGUCGCGAAGGAGACAAGGCUGGAGGAGAGGGGACGCCAGGGGUCGAGAACAAAGGGCGGAGAGGUACGAGAGAGCCUGUUACUUGAAGUAGUGUCUAUUUCAAUCUAUGCAACAAAAGACAAUCUCCUUUCGGUAUUUUUUUUACCGUAGAGUUGCCUGGCUACAACAUGCACAGUUUUAUUUUCGGUUGACCAUUGUUAAGUUGUCGUGAAUUGUAUGAGGAUGAGAAUCUUUAAAUAACUCUCUUAAAACUCUGAAAAUAUAAAGAAAAAUAAUUAUAACAAAGAAAUACAUUUUUCAAAUAUUGUGUAACCCGUGAAAACGUUUAGUUGUUUGAGUUUAAGCAUCCAACACUUGUUGCACCAAAUGUUCUAAAUACAAGAGCCUACAGUAUUCGCAACUAACUUUUAAAUUACUUUACCAUGUUCCCGUUGUUUCAGCUCGUCCUCUCUCGUGGCGUGUUCGCCGCAACACAGGAAGUAAACAAAGUAUUUUCAACUUUUCAUUGCGUUCUAAGAAGUCUACGCAUUUAAAUGGUUGGUAACGACAGUCGUAUAAAGAGAUAAAGUCCUAAACUAUUUAACGUUUAACCUGAGCGCAUUCAAAUGAAAUCUCUUACCAGGUGUUUUUAAAGAUUUAGAUUUUAUCCGCGCGUUUUGAACUUUGUAGCUUAAAAAUCUUCCAUUAAAUUUAAGCUACAGUAAAAUUAUAUUAAACUCGCUCAACUUAUCAGUUUGAACUUUCAGAUCGAAUGAAAACUUGCAUAUAUCAAAAGUUAAACAUUGCGUUUUAAUGACCGAUCAUGUAGAUAAAAACGAUAGAAGGCGAAUUUGAAGUGUAAUUCAAACAUAACGUGCUUCGGUUACUGUUAGGACCCUGGACACGAGAUAAAUACUUAGGUUAUAAAUGAUUUUUGUUGUUAUUCACAUCAGUAUCCAUAGAGUCAACUAGCAGUCGUGAAACACGUGAUGUGGACUUUAGCCGGCCGGGAAGCGUUGAAAGCUCGACGUGGACUAACAGUGUUGAGAGUCGAGGAGGUUCAAAGCCCAAACUGUUACACAGCCACUCGACGCGAUCUUUUGAUAGGGUCUUAGAAGGGACCAUCGACAAGGACCCUUUUGAGGGGGACCUAGAGCUCGACUCAUGCCCCGAGUGUGGGACCUCGCUCGAACAGUUUGACGAGGAGACCCUUAAUUUAUGUAUUGUGGUGCUUUCCACGUUUGCUCAUCAGAGCCCCUCAAUGGCAAUGCCCCUUUUACUUCGAAUACUGGAGUGCGUUGCGAGGUAAAUGCGAAGGGGGACUUGUGAAUAUAGAUCCUUUUGAUAUCUUUGUGAGCUCAUUAAAACAAUUGGGAAUUGUUCUGAAAAAAAAGUUCUUGACACAGUUAAUGUACUCUUUCAAGAGGCAUUUUUCAUGAAUUUAUGACUGUAAAAUAAGAAAAUGUACUGCAGAAAUGAAAUGAAAAAGUUCAUUAAUUGUCGCAAUUUAUGCAAAUGAAACAAAAUGCCGGGAAAGAUAAAAGAAGCUGUGACUUCCUGGAGAGUAUCACACCAGUGGCGUUUAAAUUCUCAUAGUGAUCUUUUUUUCCUACAGAAAAUGUGUGCAUCCUAUGUUUGCUUGGCAAGAGAAAAGGUAAUUUUUCAACAAUUCUACUGGAUUAUGGAACUAAACCAAAGUUUCGCCAUUAAAACAUUUCAUACGAAAAACAUCACGCAAGUUACAACAUCGUUUGCUGGUAGUUUUGUUUGCGCAUGGAAACCUGAGAAAACGAGCAGCAAAGCGGCGAGAGACUUGGGACGGAAAAUUAAUAGAAACGAAUCGAAGCUCCGGUGCUCGUUUUUGUGGUUACACUUCCAGCUACACGGUACUACCCAGGAUGCAUAUGGACAGUUUUCAGAUGAUUUAGGGUGUUGUUUCUAUUUUACUUUAUUUCCCGAAUAUUUUUUUUAACGGAUACUCACUCAAAUCUCUAUUUUUAGUAACCUGCUGAUUCCUGGUUCAAUAAGAGAAGUAGCUAAACAGUUUCUGAGAUGUGUUCUCAUUAAACUUGCACCUAACGGCAUCUUCUCAGAGCUGUUUCGUAGCUCCUUGAAAGGUAAGAAAUCAACUUUGCAUCGAUUGCACUGUUGAUUAAUUUCAACAGACGGCGCUUUUAUGCCUAUUUCCUCACAUAACUGGUCAUUUACUGUCUGAAGUAUUGAAAUAAACUCCUCUUAGUUACACGUGUUAACGCGCGUUUCUUUUCGGCUUUGCGCAUUGAAGAAAGUUGUUUCUGAGACUUAAAUGUUCUUCCUAGAAAUCUUGCGCGAGGUUUGGUUGAUUCCGAGAUUCAUCAGUGCAAAAUUCAUCAGUUACAUUUUCUUAUUUAUUGAAUUGUUUUCUCUUUCCAGAUGACACACUUUUAAAAGCUGUUGCAAUCUCCUUGAAUGAUUUUUCAUCGUUUGACCAAAUGUCUCCAAUAGCUUACUUGCUGGAGGUACUGUAAGAUCUUUGCGGCCUUUCUUCUGUUAUAUGUUGGUAAUUAUUCUGAAAGCCUAGAGUUUGCUUUAAAGGAAAGUACUGUGGAGUUUUUAUUACCGUUAAUGUUGUAUCGUUCCUUCUCUAACCUUUAACUGUGUAUGGCUAUUUAGUUGAAGCCGAGAGGUUUAUUUUUUUUUCUUCACGUAUGAAAAUUUAAAAUUUCUUUCUGCAUUCAACGACACAGCUCAAAGUGUGUAAUUUUUAAUUAUACAUGCGAAAAUACACUUUAAAUAUUGCUGAUAAUAGAAAUAUGCACGACAGUUAUCACAUGUGAACCAAUCAAAUAAGACCAAAAUAGGACAGGUCUAGCUUUUAAAAUUUUCUUUAUCCUACAAAGUACGCUCUUGACAAAUGUUCCAUCUUUAUGUUAGACCAGUUAAAAUGCCCACUCACUUUAAUUUUGGCUGAUGUGAUAUUGAGCUCUCAGAGCAUGCAUUAAAACAACUCUAUGAAUUGCAGUGGCAAGAAUUUUUUUUUCAUAUUGGGAAAAAAAAUUUUAUUUGCUAUCCUUUUUAGGAUGUUCUUGGGUCCAGGACUCUUAGCGAUCGUGUGCUGGUGUUGCUGAGCAACUUGGACACGUACUUUCAAUUUGCCUCACGUGAGCCCACGAGUGCCUGGGAGAGUCAGCUGUCUCACUUCGAAGCGUUAUUUAGGAAGCUGCCUUCAGUGUUGCCUGAAAAUGUAGGUGCUCUGUUCUAAAGUAAAUAAUAACCUUAAUCCGCUCAUGAACACGAUUUUAUUGGAUGAAAAGCUUCUGGUGUCCAACACUUUUAUCUUGUGUCUUAAAACAGCCUUAUUAUUUUUUUUUUUCUUUAAUAGCCCGAUGUUACACCAACAUUUCAUGUAAUGACUGCAAUCCUUAAUGCAGCGAGUUCUUCUUUCAAGGUAAGAGCAUUUUCCCGCGAAAAAGAUAUGUUUCUUUCAUUACUUGCCAUCGCAAAAUGUCUGCCAUGCAAUUUAUGCGAGUUUGUCUUACAGGGGUAAGCGAGAAUCUCGACCAAAAAAACAUCCUUCUAUUUCAAUGUGUUGAAUAACGCUAUGCUUUACUUCUCGCUCGACUUCAGCCAAGCCUGAUUGUUUGCUUACUUAAUUGGUUUGUUUAUUUUUUCAGAUGUUGCUGCCAUCCUUCGCUCAGGUGAUCAGUUACGCCAUCAACAAAUGUUCAUUUCAGCUUCAAGAUCUGCUGGAACUUUGUGUGAAGUGCACCGAGACUUUUCCAAAGGUUUGCCAACAUUUCUCUCCCGUGAAAAAUGUUAGUUUGUUAAUGCAGUUCUUUAUCCCAGGGAGCGCACACGUUUCCUGUCUUUCCCACAUAAAUACAGGCUUGUUAAUUUCAGAAUAAUUUCAGGAUCAGAUAGGUUCAAGUCUUAUCACCUCUCAUCUUCGGAGUUUACUCUAAGUGUCCAUGACAUCAUGGGUUUAAGAGUAUUGGUAUUCUUCCCAGGAUGGCGCGCCAUACUCCUGGCUGGUGAGAGGCACUGUGAGAAUGAAGUGUCUAGCCGAAGAACAUAACAUAACGACUCGGCUCGAAGCCGGAGUCCAGCGCGCAAACCACAAGACCACAUUCUUUUACUUAUAGGUUCGGAUUAAGUAUAGGUAAUAACAUGAUUUCGAGUGCAAUUUGUUGUUAAUAUGCACGAGUGAAUGUUUCAAAGACAACAAAAAUGCACGAACCCAUAGGGCAAGUGCAAGUUGUAGUCUUUAAAAAAUUUACAAGUGCUUAUUACACCAAAUUGCAGGAAAAAUCAUGUUAUUACUCGUUUAUAACGUACACGAAAAAAUAUCUCAGUAAGGUAAGACAGACUUUACACUCGUGUUACAUGAGAAUGCACUCGUUUUCAGCCAAUCAGAAGCGCGUAAUUAUUUUCAUAUACAUUAUUAACAUGGAUAAAAUGUGAAACCUACUUUUUCUUUUUUCCUCCUGGCUUAAAUCUUUUAGGAGCGUAACAAAUUGUUUUUGACUCGUGCUGUUGUGUUGGAACUGGUCCAUGCCGUUAAGUUUCGUUCUUCACUUCCCGACACGAACCUCCAGUCUGUUCUUCAGGUGCAUAGUAACUCUGGAAUUUUCUCUUUAAUAUUUUUUAAGUCUCUGUGAGCGAUACUUUAUCUCAUUUGUUUGUCUAUCAAUAGUUUGUCGCUGUAGAUGCUGGCAGCAGAAUCAGCUUUGGUAGCGAAUCUGACAACGCGCCUUAUGAUCUGCCGUUUGGGGUGAGAAUUGUGUGACAUUUCCUGGCAUUUCGUUACUCUUAUAACUUUUCAUGUACUUAAAACUUUUUUUUUUCUUUCUUCAUAGUCACGCACUCGAGCUCUUGACUGCGUCCGUCAGUACAUCGGGGAAGCAUUAGAGUUCAUAAGGGACUGGACUUUUACCGCCAGAUCCAGUAAAGUAAGUGAUAUUAAGUCGAUGGCCGGUACUGCGUUAACGUCCAGUUUAGGGUAGCUUUUGAAAGCUGUUAUGGGUGACAACGACUGAUGUUUCUACAACCAGAGCGGAAGUCAAUAGAGCCAAGAUAGGGAUUGUAAUGUUGACGUUGUUCUUGGCCAGGUCGGUGAAAGGUCAGUUUCUGUUACUCAUGAACGUUCGGGGCAAUCAUCACCCGGACGAUUAAACUGUGCGUCCGAAAGUAACUCUCGUGUUUAAACUACCGACUACAGUACGGGAAAUAUUUAUUUUUGAUUAGCAGCUUGUCUUUUUCAACAGGAAAACCGCCAGCUUAGUGAACCAAACCUACAUCAGACAACUUUGCCGAUCGAUCUGAAAGCCAGUGUAUCCCAGCUGGUGGCAUUGGAGCUCACUAAACACACAGAGGACAGCAAAAUGCAUAACAAAGCACUGGCAUGGCUCAAGAGUCCUCCUACAGCUACACAGUUGGGGUAACUACUCGCUGUGCUCUUUAAUUUGCAAUAUGCUUUAACUCUCCCGUGUCUUAGCUUGAUGGCAGGAAGUGACUACAAUUACUGCUACUCCAUGAGGGGAUGCUAGUUGAUCACUGAUUCAAACACCCCCCUCCCCCCUCCCGAGUAUCUCAUCAGACUUCCCUGACCGGUCCCGGUACCUAUUUUAUACUCAUGAGUGGAGAGAAGUGUUACACCAAAGCACUCUACACACUGACCAGGUCAAGACUCGAACCCAGGCUUCUAAAUCGGAAGCUCACGCGUUAACCAUCACGCCACCUUGCCUGUCUCUUUUUCUCUUACAGGCGUCAAGAACUGCUGGAUUGCGUGACACAUAUGCGACUGCUGGCCUGGUUACUGCACGGCUCAUUGUCACACUUCGUUCACUGUCGCAAUCCUCACGUCAACUGUCACCCAGUCAAAUUUGAGGAGAACACGCAUAUUGCAGACUACGUGCUUAUAAUUCUGUUCAGCUUUGCGGAACAGUUAAAGGUCAGAAUUCUUCUCUAUUGGCGUUUAAAUGGUGAACGUUGAAUAAACUUCCACAACCGAUUUGUAAUCCAUGCGGAAGGGGAGGGUGGGGUUGUUGUGCAAACGUCAAAAAUUCAGUCAAGAUAUUGCGAACAAGGUUCAAUAAAAACAUCUGUUUGAAAUUUAUUUGCGCCAUUUUAACACUGUCAGUCGUUGCCUUUUCAGGAACCUUUGAGCAAGUCUUCCCUUUAUCAUGCGUUUAAUGUUUGUGAGGUAAGGAACAUUGGAAACGUCCACUUUCUGUUUUGCAAACGAUGAUUAUAUAUUUCAUACCGUACAUCUGCCUGUCUGUGACCAAUAUUGAAAUAUGAUGUUUAUGUGCACCGUUGAAACUAGCUUCCAGUUAGAAAAGCCAGCUGAGUCUUUGAAGUCGGUUGUGGUUUGUUAACGCGAAAACAAAACUGAUUUGGAAUCCAUGCAAAAUCAUAUUUUGUGGAAAGCAACAAGGAAUGUUACUCUUUUUCAUUGUGACAGUUGUGGACGCUUUACUGUGAUCAAACCAAGAGUCCAGGAGAAUCGCCAACACACGCAGCCUCCAUCGUUAUGGAGUUCUGGGGUAAAGUAACUCCAGGCAUUCUCCAUCUUCUGACUCAAGCAAAGGAGGUGAGGGAUUGUGGUACUUCGACUUUCUCGGUUAAUUAUAUUUAUACAGUUGAACUGGAGUUGGUUGGGGAAAGUUAAAAGGUCACAGGUUAUAGAGUUUAUUACUUGGCUCUGAUCUUGACAGUAGUCUUUUUCAAGACUUCACUCAUGCGGAUAAUCACAUUUUAUGUUUGCUUCUUACUGUGUACCUUACAACCAGGCGUAUACCUGGCCAAAUACGUGUGAGUUAACGGCUCAAGUUUACAUGUUCAGCCUCCCAAAAAAUAGAAACAAUACAAGCUAAUUUUUAGAUGUGUUCUCUUGAACGGAACUCAUCUUAUUUUGUCUUCGGGUUUCGAAUCUCUUCAAAGCAUGAGUUUUUUAAGGUCCUUUUUUGCAAUUUUUCAAAAUGCCGCUCAUUUACGAAAAUCAUUUCUUUACUUUUAUACCAAUUGUCUCAACAGCUGACACAGACCGUUAGUCACCACUUCCUGAAUUUACUGGAAGCUCUUCAAGAGUGCAACUCCACCCCACUACCCAAGGUAAGCACGCGCUAAGCAUCUGAUGGAGCUAACAUUUUCUCUUCUUUUUUGAAAAACGCGAUAUAACUCCGGUAAUUUCAAAGAAAUGCGCUUUCGUUGUGGUUAAAUCUUAUGUUGAAGAAAGAAGAGUCUGUUUACUUGCCAUACUGUCAGUAAUGGUGAAUUUGCUUUUUACGUUUCGAGCUUCGUCUUUAUUUAGAGUCAUGAAACAGUGAAAGGCUGCUUUUUUAUCUCGUUGAAUAGUUAUAUCCGAUGUGGUACCCAAUCCUUACUUACUGCUUCUCUCAGAAGGUGAGUGAGAUCAAUUAUCGAUUAAUUAUUUUAGGACCUUAAAUGAUAUUGAUAAAAAAGUUUUUAGACAAGUGAACUAUUCCAUAAUCUCUUUUUGAGGUCGUGCUGUUCUGCUGAAAUUUAUAAAAUACAAUAAAGUUUGACACGUGUUUUGAGAUUUAUACUAGAAAAUUGUCCAACGGUGCGGUCAAAUUGACUUUCAUGGGCUUAUCUAGCAUUCUACGUGACGUUUAGCUAUGAUGAUACAGGGGUGCACUCUGUGCCAUUAUUUUUAGUUCUCGCGCUAUCUUUUUUCUGUGAUAGCAAUCGGACGCUGCUCAUGCACGUUUGCGUAAAGCUCAGUCCCGGAAGCGGAUCAACAAACACACGAAGUCAGCACUGGCCAAGUGGUUAAAACAGCUACAAUUCAAGAUGGCGCUCGCAGAACAGUCACCUGACAAUUCUUUGUUCAAUAGCAUAUAGAUACAUGAAGGAUAUACUUAGGACAGAUCCACUUUUUAGGCCCUCAGCUAGGGGUAUAAGUAAAAAUAAACAAGACGAAAAAAAAAAGAGACGAAAUAUGCAUCUAAUAUUAUAUGAGCAUUGCUCUGCCAAGAUGUGUACCACAAACUAUGGAGCAGCGGUUACUUAAACUAGCUAUUGUGCAGAUUUUGAUUUUUUGUCGUUGUAAACAUCACUCCAAGUUAGCAUUCUCAGGAUCAAUUGUUUUUCGGUGUUCCAUAUGAAUACUCUUUUUAUUUUACCCACUCUAAAUAUUAUAUGUAAAAUUGUGAAAUUUAAUUUAUAAACAGAGAAAAUGUGAUAUUCAAUAUUCUCUUGUAAGUGGUGGGGAAAGGAAAUGGUGCCGAACAAACAUCUACGAAUAUAGUAACAGUGUAAAUAAUCUCAAAUCGUAUUAUGUAUCUUGGUGUAUCAGAUACCAGUCCAUUGCUUAGAGACAUAAAACGAAAUUUAAUCAUCAGACGGACCGAGGGUCCUUUUCUCAUUGACCCCACAGGUCGAAAAGACUCGAAAUUAUCGAAACAGUAAUUAUUUCUCUAAGUAGUGGUAAACACUGACAUGACUACCAAUACUACUAACAAUUGUAUCUAAUAUAUAUAAAUGAGUUCUUUUGAGAAUUAAAAAUACUAGGAUAACCUUAGU